UAAGCAUUCUCAUUUCAAAUCCUGCGCAGGGUGGACGCGUUCUGUUGUUCUGAAUUUUAAAUAAAAACAAAUCAUCGACUGCAUUGUUUAUUUUAACUUUUUACAAAAUGGGACUUAAUGAUAAUUACUACAGUGACUAUGGAAGUGCCAGUUCUUCUAAUUCGACCUCCUCGUGGGGCGGCGCGGGCGUGGCGGCGUCGGUGCGGCGCGGCCCCCAGCGCCCGGGCUUGCAGGAGCAGCUGCAGAGGACCUGCAGCGCUGACAAUGUGUGCAAGCGUUCCCUGGAGGAAGUGAUGAAUGAGUUCAGGAUGAACGGUUCGGACUCGCCCUACGAUCCCGACGAAGACAGGGUGUGGGGAAACUUUGCUGCAGGCCAGCUAUCAGGCAUGGGCCCGGCCGGCGGCUACCUGCGCCAGAAGUCGUGGCCGGCGCCCGAGGCGUCCCCCGCGCCGCCGCCGCCGCGCCCGCACCAGCAGAGGCCCAGGAGCGGGGACUGGGCUGACUUCUGCAGUGUAGGGAGCCAUGAUGGGUACCAGGACAGCAUAACUCCGGAGCAGCUGAGGGUGCUACAGUCGCUGCCCGGCGCGGUGGUGCUGGCGCUGCUGCGGGACCUGGAGCAGGCAAGGGAGACGCGCGGCCGGCGGCGCGGCGAGGAAUGCAGAUUCUGCAAGAACAACGGCGAGCGCGAGCUGUACUACCGCUCGCACGUGCUGCGCGACGCCGCGGGGCGGGUGCGGUGCCCCGUGCUGCGGGCCUUCGUGUGCAAGCGCUGCGGGGCCAGCGGCGACCACGCGCACACCAUCAAGUAUUGCCCGCUCAGCACUGAUGAAGAACGCAUCCAGUCUGCAGCUAUGAUGAGGAGUGUUCGCAUGGCGUCCGGACGCAAGCGAACAAAUUCCAUCACAGCGCCAUCUAGCGCCCUCCCAUCAAACGACUACAACUUCGAGCCAGCGACACCUAGCGCUGAGAACCACAACUACGUGGAUUGGAGCAAUCAGCCACUGGAUCCAGUUUGGGCCGCACUUGAACAAAAGUUAAAUUGCUUUAACUUUUUUUAAAGUGCUCCUUCGCGA